AGGAGUCCAGGGCUUCUGCCUCUUGAGUCCAGCAGUGCAAAAGGCAGCAGAACGAGCUCUAGCAGGGCUUUGGCCGAGGGCAGACCCCGUGCUGAGGGACAGGACACACAUUACUAUCCAUUACCUCUCAAGUACAACUUUUACAAGAAGGCAAGAUGUCAAAAGGUCCAGCAGUGGGUAUUGAUUUGGGCACCACCUACUCCUGUGUGGGAAUCUUCCAGCAUGGUAAGGUGGAGAUCAUCGCCAAUGACCAGGGGAACAGAACAACCCCCAGCUAUGUCGCUUUCACAGACACCGAAAGACUGAUCGGAGAUGCAGCCAAGAACCAAGUAGCCAUGAACCCCAACAACACAGUGUUUGAUGCCAAGCGCUUGAUUGGUCGACGCUUUGAUGACCCUGUGGUUCAGUCUGACAUGAAGUACUGGCCCUUUAAGGUAAUCAACGAUGGUAGUAAGCCCAAAAUGGAAGUGGAGUACAAAGGAGAGAUAAAGUCCUUCUUCCCUGAAGAGGUGUCCUCUAUGGUCCUCACUAAGAUGAAGGAGAUCUCUGAGGCUUACCUGGGCAAGCCAGUGUCGAAUGCAGUCAUUACAGUGCCUGCUUACUUUAAUGACUCUCAGCGCCAAGCCACCAAGGACGCUGGAACCAUUGCUGGCCUUAACGUCCUCCGCAUUAUCAAUGAGCCAACGGCCGCUGCCAUCGCAUAUGGAUUGGACAAAAAGGUUGGUGCUGAGCGCAAUGUCCUCAUCUUCGAUUUGGGUGGUGGCACCUUUGACGUGUCCAUUCUGACAAUUGAGGAUGGCAUUUUUGAAGUCAAGGCUACUGCCGGUGACACCCAUCUGGGUGGUGAAGACUUCGACAACCGAAUGGUCAACCACUUCAUUGCAGAGUUCAAACGCAAGUUCAAGAAAGACAUCACUGGCAAUAAACGUGCAGUCCGUCGCCUGCGGACAGCAUGUGAGCGCGCCAAGCGCACCCUUUCCUCCAGUACGCAGGCCAGCAUUGAGAUCGACUCUCUGUAUGAAGGUGCCGACUUCUACACUUCCAUCACCAGAGCACGUUUUGAGGAGCUUAAUGCUGACCUUUUCCGUGGUACACUGGAGCCGGUGGAAAAGUCUCUGCGGGAUGCCAAGAUGGACAAGGCACAGAUCCAUGACAUUGUGCUGGUUGGUGGCUCCACUCGCAUUCCCAAAAUCCAAAAGCUGCUUCAGGACUUAUUUAACGGCCGGGAUCUUAACAAAAGCAUCAACCCUGAUGAAGCAGUAGCUUAUGGAGCAGCUGUCCAGGCAGCCAUCUUAGCAGGUGAUAAAUCAGAGAACGUCCAAGACCUUUUGCUGCUGGAUGUCACUCCUCUCUCUCUGGGCAUUGAGACAGCUGGUGGUGUCAUGACGGUGUUAAUUAAGAGGAACACCACGAUUCCCACCAAGCAAACCCAGACUUUCACCACCUACUCGGACAACCAGCCUGGUGUACUGAUCCAGGUAUAUGAGGGAGAGAGAGCAAUGACGAAGGAUAACAACCUUCUUGGCAAAUUUGAGUUGACUGGCAUCCCUCCUGCUCCUCGUGGUGUGCCACAAAUUGAAGUUACAUUCGACAUUGAUGCCAAUGGCAUUCUCAAUGUGUCCGCAGUGGACAAAAGCACUGGCAAAGAGAACAAGAUCACUAUCACCAAUGACAAAGGUCGUUUGAGCAAGGAAGAAAUUGAACGUAUGGUACAGGAAGCUGACCAAUACAGAUCAGAGGACGAAGCCCAGAAGGAGAAGGUCACUGCCAAGAACACUUUGGAGUCACUGGCCUUUAACAUGAAGAGCACUGUGGAGGAUGACAAGCUGAAGGACAAGAUCAGUGCAGAGGACAAAAAAACUAUUAUUGACAAAUGCAAUGAGGUCAUAGCCUGGUUGGACAGAAACCAGACUGAAGAAAAUGUGUAA